UAGUGAUCCCGACACAACGCAAGUUGUUCGUGUCCGCCAGGAAAACAACUUUCCCCUGGCCGAGCACUGGGCACUGGGCAAGGUUGCUUAAUUGGCAAUUACCCUUGAACAAUGUGCCUCCGUUUCAGUGUUAGAGUUACAGCGUGAGGGAGACGGUGGAUUUAGGAUAAGUUCUGUCAUCCAUGAAAUGGUUGAGUGCUUCACCCAUUAACAAUAUGAAGAUCAUAACAGAUAAAGGGUGGCUGGAGUGGGUGGCAGGUGGAGAGAAAGUCUUCCAGAUCUCGAAUAUGAGUCGGCAGAAGCGAGUCAUCAUGGCUGUGAUCAUCUUUGGCUCCUUCAUGUAUAUUGUUUUAACCCAGGCUGUACAUAUAUUAGGAGGAGCACCGGGAGAACCUGUUCACCCUGAAAUUCGGAAAUUCUGCUCAUCUGUCUCAAAAAAGAAUGUUAAUAUUGAGUAUGAGGAUACCAACUUGCCAAUCAUCUAUGUGGUGACACCAACGUAUCGAAGACCAGAAAUGGUGGCUGAGCUAACACGACUUGGCCAAACUCUAACAAUGGUAAAGAGGAUACAUUGGAUUGUGGCUGAGGACAGCCACACUUGUUCACCUCCAAUAACCAGUCUUCUGGAUCGAUUAGGUCUCUCCUACACUCACCUGGUCUCUCCAAUGCCAGAAGUUUACCGCAAGGAGAAAUAUGUGCCCCGAGGAGUAUCCAACAGAAGGGCUGCUUUGCAGUGGGUACAAGAAAAUGGUGAAGAUACAGGAGUUCUCUAUUUCCUAGAUGAUGACAAUGCCAUAGAUAUACGACUCUUCAAUGAAAUGCGGUCAACUGAGACUGUUUCCAUGUGGCCUGUGGGACUCAUUGGUGAAUAUACUGUCAGUUCACCAGUUGUGAAAGGUAAUCAAGUUGUUGGCUUCUAUGAUGGAUGGCCAGCAGGUAGAAAAUUUCAAGUAGAUAUGGCUGGAUUUGCAGUGAGUGUUGGCUACCUCAAGAAACAGAAGAAAGUCACAAUGCCAUAUAUUGCUGGGCAUGAAGAGGAUGGCUUUCUGAAAUCUUUGAAUCUCAACUUGAAGGAUAUAGAAGUAAAGGCUGAUGGGUGUACCAACAUAUUAGUGUGGCAUACUCGCACUGCCAAGAAUCCUUCUCGCACUCUGCGUCUGGCACAGUAUCAAGCAACCAAUAUCAAGCCACUCACUGACAAUAUGCGAAAGAUGGGUAUGAUAAAAUAGUCACAAUAUGAGUAGUAGAGCAAAGCUAGUCAUUUAAAUUGUCAUAAAUGAAGGUCACUGUAAGAAUACAUUUCAUGUAUGAGUAAUCUGGUGUAUGCAAUAUAGUAGAAUGUUUUGUAUAAGUGAAAUGUAUGUUAGCUCAGUAAUGUUAUAAUAUUAAAGUACUGUAUACCCCUCAUGAUUCGGACCAAUUAAGGGAAGGCCAAUUCCGGUUAUCCAAAAAUCUGAGUUACCCGAGGAUUUUCUUUUUCACAUUUUGCACACCUAUUACUACUAACACACACACACACACACACACACACACACACACACACACACACACACACACACACACACACACACACACACACACACACACACACAGUCAGCUAUGUAUAUAUGAAUCUUGGCGUUGGCAGUGCCAUGGCACAUGCACCCGUUUCACAUCUUGAAUGGCUCGGACAACUCAAAUGAUUAGGAAGACAUAAGAACUAUCUGGGAUAUUAUAGCCAGUAUAUAAGCCAAGUGUCUUAAAAUUACUCAAUCAAACAACAAAAAAUGCCUACCAGUGCACUCAGGAUAUGACAUAGGAAAAAAAAGAAUCCUGAAAAUGUCCAACCUAUCUGAGAUCCGGGUCAUUCAGGUCUGACUUAAGCGGGGUUUAAUGUAAGUAGUUUAUGGAGGUAGCAUAGUUUCUUGAAUUUGAUGUGUUUAAGUGCAAAGGACAUUUGGUAUUUGUAAAUGAUAAAGAUAGUAAUAUUUUUAAUACGCUUACCAGAAAUGAAGAAUCUCAAAUUGCACCAUUUAUGAAAACCUUUGUGGUAAAUAGCAUCUCAAGUCUGUCACUGUAAUAAGCAUUGUUUUCUGAGUUUAAUGUUAGACUGGGGUGAUGUAGCAUUUCUUUUGUGUGUAAUUUUUGUCUUCCAUUAUUUGUGAAUAUAGCAAAUUAAAGUAAUUGAAUUUGAAGAUGCAGGGAUGGUACUAUUUAGAAUGAAUUUUUUUCUCAUUAUUAUUAUUAUUAUUAUUAUUAAACUUUAUUGAUUUAUUUUUCAUUUAAAAAAAAACUUUUCUGCCAGUAACAACUUGAAUCUCUCAGUCACUGAGCUUGCAAUCUCAUAGAAUGUUUUAUCAAUCCUUUGUAGUUGUUGCUAGUCUAAUUGUAGUGAAAGAGUAACAAAAUUGAGAUUCAAUACAGAUUAGAAUUUGUUUAUGAGUAGUGUAUGCGUCUUUGUGUAUGUGUGUGUUUUUACCAGCGUAAAUGGGUUAAGCUCA